UAACCCGGGUGUGAUUAACACACUUCGCCCUGGGCUCAGAGCGGUUAGUUAUCACAUGCUGUAGAGCUUUGUGUUUGUUAGCUGUUCUUUAUAAACUCAAAUAUUUUAAUAGAAAUGCAAUUAUGGAAGGAUAUAAGGAUAUAAGCAUCCACGGCGCAGGAUUUACACGGAUGCGUUUCAGACCGUCUCUAAAGCCCAGCUCCGUCCUCAGCCAAUGAAAUCUCGCUGUGCAAACAUACCGAGGGUGACGUGUUGCCCGCUGAUCGAUUUAUUUCCCACCGGCAAUCAAACUGUUUGUGCUGCUAUUUGUUUAUUAAUUUAUUGCGAGGGGUCGUUCUCCUCUGAGGUAUCACUUUCGAUUUUCGUCCCCCGGCGGGAGCGCGCAGACAGACGCGUGCCCACAGCAGAAGUGUGUGCCCGACCCAAAGCAUGCAUAAUCAAACACAUCGCCAGACGGCACUGAGUUGACCUGUAAGUUUGUUCAGAUUCUGCUGAUUCUUAUUAAAAGAGAAAUAAUGAGGAAGAGGAGCAGACACUGCUGAGUCUAAAGACUGCAGAUUCAUGUUUACAUUAUGUGAAAAAGUGAAGGUUUGGCUGUAACUGUGUGAGCACUGCCAAUCUCGUGAUGCACAGGUCUAUACAGGCCUAGAUGCUAAACAUUUUUCUGUUUGUUUGUUUUUUUAGAUAUUAUUAGACAGACCCCAUCUUUGUCAUUUAAUUCAUGGUAUAAUGAAAUAAAGUGACUCAUCUGUGAAAAAGAAACAUUAAAUGAGCAGUUCAACAUUUGGGGAGCUAAAGGAGUGCAGAUAAAUGCUCAAGAGAAUGUGUAUUUGAGCGUCUUUCAGCACACAGUUAUUAUCAUGUUAUAUCUGCUUAUCAAACUCUAAACAUGUCCGUUUGCUCGCUUAGGUUUGACAGUCUCACUCUGUUUGUUCUUGCACAUCCACCUAAGGGUGCAGGGAGAUAUUUGAGGCUGUGUGGCGCAUGACCACUGGAGAGCUCUGCCUGCAGCACUGAGCUCUUUUAGAAGUCAACUAAAAACUUAAAUAGUAAUGUUAUGGCGUGUACCAUCCCCCACCUAAACCAACCCCACUCUGCAUGUACGUGAGCGUGUGCGUUUCCCCCAAGACAUGGCUAUGCGCACUCAGGUGAUUUCAUUGUUUAAUGUUUAAUUGCAUUUAAUUUUGUCAAAGGCCAAAAGAUGUUACUAGCAUGUUUUUAAUUAAACUUUUUUUGUCGAUCUACAAAUGUCUCGAUUACAAUAACAGCAAAAGAGUGGACAUCUGUUAGGGGCAUCUGUUAAUGGGAUAAAAUGUGUUUUUUCCUCAUAAAGACUUUGAUGUGAUUACAUGAAACGGUCCCUUCAGUAUUGCUUCUGUGAGAAAGAAGUUUUGACACAUGAUAGUUUUUAGUAAAAGGUUUAAAACAAAAACUGUAAUAUUCUCUUUUGGCUGGAUGGUUUUUGUUUGUGUUUAUAAGUGUAAAUUAUAUAGUCGGUGGUAAGACAAUCAAUUUUACUUUUCAUUGUCCUUGUUUGUUUGAUAGUCACACCUUGUGACAGAGUAGCGCCGUCAUGGACCGCAGACACAGUGGCGCAGUGGUUAGUGCUGAGGCCACACAAGGUUGAAUCCACCGGCCUGCCAGUGCUGUUUGUGUGAUCUCUGUCCUGUGUGGGUUUUCUCUGGGUACUCGGGCUUCCUCCCACAGUCCAAAGACAUGCAUGCAUAGCUUUCAGCAUGCAGAGGGGUUUCCAGGCAGGUCUCCUGCUCCUGCUUGUCCAGCUGUUCCAGGAGGGUCCGGGAAACAUCCCAGCCAUCACCCUGGCUGUCCUGGGAUUCAAUGUGUACCUGUACGUGUUUCCUCCUGCUCCACCACUGAAGGCUUGCAUGAGCCUUGAUCAGGUGUACCGGAAUAAAGAGUGGCGACGACUCCUCCUGUCCCCCCUGCAUCACAUCGAUGAUUGGCACCUUUACUUCAACAUGGCGUCCUUCCUGUGGAAAGGCAUCAGGCUGGAGCGACGUCUGGGUGGAAGCUGGUUCCUGUACCUGCUGUCAGUCUUCUUUCUCCUCACUGGAUUGGUGUACCUGCUGCUGCAGGCGCUGAUGAUUAAGCUCAUGGAGGGCACGGAUCCUUCUGAUCCAUUAUUGGAAUAUGUGCAGGCUUUCAGCAGAGAGUGUGCUGUCGGCUUCUCGGGGGUCUUGUUUGCACUGAAGGUCGUCAAUAACCACUUCAACCCUGGUGGUGUGACGUAUGUGAUGAAUAUUCGGGUGUCCAAUCGCUUUGCUAGCUGGGUGGAGCUGGUGCUCAUCUAUCUAAUCGCUCCUGGGACCUCUCUGGUUGGCCACCUGGCAGGUGUCCUGGUGGGUCUGCUCUACACUGCGGGUCCACUGAAGACCAUCAUGGAGGCAUGUGCAGAUAUGUUAUCUUCAGAUGGAGUUACUUCACGCCAGCGUUCAUACUACAGCUCUUCAGGCUACAGCGGGACCAGACGAGAAUACUUUGAAGAGCCUCGACCUGCGGAGGAUCACACGUCUGAUUAUUCUGAGAGCUACAUCUCAGGACUGACGGAGGACGAGCAGAUAGAGCUGGCGAUCAGAAACAGUCUGAAACAUCCAGGACAAACCAGGCGAAGAGAAACUGAACGUCACCCGGGGGACUCUGAGGAUCUCAGGAGGAGGCGGCUGAGGAGGUUUGAGCAGGAAGUUACCAACCAGAGAAGAAGAUUGUAAUGACGGAUUUUUAUUUUCCAGUUUUGUUUUUUUCUCAUUUUCACUGGUUUAACUGGGAAGAUGCCUCCCAUCACUCUCCCUUGUUGCUGCGGGUCACAUAAGAGGAUUGAGGUU